AAAAAAAAAAAAAAAAAAAGCCAAGAAGCCGCUGCCUGACUCCAAAUUGACUACGAAGAAGCCAUGAAAUCCCAGCCGGUGGGAAGCCUGGAAGACACCCUGCUGAGUAAGGUAGACUUGAGGCACCAGCAGAUUUCCCAAACUGUGGAUGAGGUGCAGAGAGUUGUCCAUCGUUUGACUACAGAAAUCAGCCACCAAGAUGUUCGAUUUCAAGCUGUGCCUUACUCUGAUACAUACAAUGUGAACAUUAAGGUCUUGGCCCCCAGCCAGUUCCUCGUCACAGUCCCUCUGAGGGGCCUGGCCGGGUACAGGGAGGCCAGGGAGCAGCGCUGGCGCUACUAUACCUUGCAGGGCACCAGGCUCCCCUGUCCCCUGCGGGACCCUGAGGGCUUGCAGCAGUGGCUGGCAGCAGAGCAGUUUUUGAAGAGCAUGUGGCAAUGGUACGAGACCGAUGUGAACAUUGAGGGAGACAUAGUGCCCGCCAAGGUUCUCCAGGUGUUCCGGAAGCUGGUGGACAAUGCAAUCAGAACCUGUCACCUCUCAGGGAAGGUCAACCUGUUGGCCAACCGCUCUGCAGUCUGGGUUGCUGUGGAAACAUCAACGUGUCAAGUGGAACUAGAACUGGCUCCCAUGGUGGAGAUCCCCAACACCUGGUCCGAGAAAGCACAGUGGCCUCCAUGUCUGAAACGCUGGCCUACCCCAAAGAAGGUGGAAUGCAUUAAGUCUUUUGGGUUCAACUUGUUGGCCAGCUCAAGUUACCACUGGCAGCUGGGCUUCCAGCAGGCUGAGCGGGCGCUGCUGCAGCAGUUGGACGAGGAUGGAGGCUGCCGCCGGAGGUGCCUCCAGGUCAUGCGACAGCUGAAGGAGGACGUCUGGUGUCCUGGGAAGAGGCCAGUUCUCACGUCCCACCACCUGCAGACGGUGCUCUUCUGGACUUGUGAGAAGUACCCCCACCCCAAGGACUGGCAGGUGUUGAGCACUGGGCUCGUGCGCCUGGUGAGGAAGCUGCACAAGUGUGUGAGCCAGCGCUUCCUGAAGCACUACUUCGUCCGCAAAAGCAACCUUCUCCGGAGCGCGAACGCCAGCCAGCUGGACACUGUAGCCCAGAAGCUGGCCUUCUUCCUCAAGAACCCGCAGGUCAGCCUGCCCUGAGCUUUGUCCGUCUUGCAAGGCCUUGCACGAUUCCCUCCAGCUUGACCUCAUUCUCGGGGCAGAUCCUCACUCAGGAGCCAGCCUCCCGUCCCCCAGGAGAGGAAAUUAUGCCCACCCAACAGCACGUAAGAUGGGCAGAAGAGUUGGUCCCGGGUCUCCCUGGGACCAAGCAAGCAUUUCAGCCCCGGCUUUCCUCUGCUGGGGAUGGUUCGUGGCCAGCAUAAGUCAGAGAGGAAAAAUGCCUGCUGCCGGGGCCACAGCCUUCCAAGGGUCAGCGAUGGAAUGAACUUGGUACCACGAUCCGCAGUGGAAUGCCUUCGCUCACUCACCUCCCUGUGUAUCCUGUACAUGCGUCAUUCACUCACCCAGCACAGGGAGGGGAGCGUGGGGCGAGAUG